CAGCUGGCCCUCUGUCGGUUUUUGACAACAACGACUCGGUCGACAAUGUUCACAUCUUGACCAUUGGCCCCCCAACACUGCCAUAACUCGCAAUUAGUCAUUUGCUUUUUAUUAUCAGAAGUUAUACAUCAUGGAGACGUCGGCGCCCAAAAGCAAGCUGAAAAAGCUGAGUGAGGACAGCUUGACUAAACAGCCAGAGGAAGUGUUUGAUGUCUUGGAGAAACUCGGUGAAGGUUCAUAUGGCAGUGUGUUCAAAGCCAUCCAUAAGGAGUCAGGCCAGGUGGUGGCCAUCAAGCAGGUUCCUGUGGAGUCUGAUCUGCAGGAGAUCAUCAAGGAGAUUUCCAUCAUGCAGCAGUGUGACAGUCCGUAUGUAGUGAAAUACUAUGGCAGCUACUUCAAGAACACUGACCUGUGGAUUGUCAUGGAGUACUGUGGCGCCGGCUCUGUGUCGGACAUCAUCAGACUGCGCAACAAGACGUUGACAGAGGAUGAGAUUGCCACCAUCCUGAAGUCAACGCUGAAGGGUCUUGAAUACCUUCACUUCAUGCGCAAGAUCCAUCGCGACAUCAAGGCAGGAAACAUCCUCCUCAACACCGAGGGACACGCCAAACUGGCAGACUUUGGAGUCGCCGGACAGCUAACGGACACAAUGGCAAAGAGAAACACUGUGAUCGGUACCCCCUUCUGGAUGGCCCCAGAGGUGAUCCAGGAGAUCGGCUACAACUGCGUGGCUGACAUCUGGUCACUUGGCAUUACGUCCAUAGAGAUGGCAGAAGGCAAACCCCCCUACGCUGACAUCCAUCCCAUGAGAGCGAUCUUCAUGAUCCCCACCAACCCCCCUCCAACAUUCAGGAAGCCGGAGCUCUGGUCAGACGACUUAACAGACUUUGUCAAGAAGUGUCUGGUCAAGAAUCCGGAGCAGAGAGCGACCGCCACGCAGCUCCUACAGCACCCAUUCAUCAGCCUAGCCAAGCCGGUCACAAUCCUGAGAGACCUGAUCACUGAGGCCAUGGAGAUGAAAGCCAAGAGGCAACAGGAGCAACAGAGAGAGUUGGAGGAGGAGGACGACAACUCUGAGGAGGAGACGGAGGUGGACUCCCACACGAUGGUGAAGUCGGGCUCAGAGGGGGCAGGAACCAUGCGGGCCACCAGCACCAUGAGUGAUGGGGCACAGACCAUGAUCGAACACGGCAGCACCAUGCUGGAGUCAGACCUGGGCACCAUGGUCAUCAACAGCGAUGAUGAUGACGAUGAGGAGGAAGACCAUGGAUCCAUGAGGAGACACGCCACCUCCCAGCAGCCGAUGCGUCCGUCCUUCAUGGACUAUUUUGACAAGCAGGACUCCAACAAGGCAGCACAACAGCAGGAGAACUACAACCACAACCAGCCGAAGGAGCAACCCGGCUUCCACAUCCAGUCCAAGAACGUCUUCCCCGACAACUGGAAGGUUCCCCAAGACGGAGACUUUGACUUUCUGAAGAACCUGGACUUCGAGGAGCUGCAGCUGCGUCUGACUGCCUUGGAUCCCAUGAUGGAGCGGGAGAUUGAGGAGCUGAGGCAGCGCUACACGGCCAAAAGGCAGCCCAUCCUGGAUGCCAUGGAUGCCAAGAAGAGACGACAACAGAACUUCUGAGUGCCUCCUGCGCUCCUCUUGGCCCAAAUCCACCAUCGCCACGGAGCGUACAUCCCAUUGACUCAGAGGAACUAAGAUGGCCGUUUAUAGUCCUUUGUUAGAAUCCCACUGAUGUUCUAGUUGUCUGCUAACUAGCCUCUUAUUGAAGUUAGAUGCCUCUUCUACAACCAUUUUGGCUCCUGGAAUCUACACUCGUCUGCCUUGUUUCUACUCUUUGUCCAGAUGCUCUUCCUUCAUUCAGAGUAGAACAGUCCCCCCUUCUCCCCCACCUCCAUGGAGCCCACACUCGGCAGCAGACGCGGAAACACAGUGGUCAAUAACGAGUGGUCUUUUUUUUCCUCAGACUUUUCCCCUUCAGUGUAAAUAUAAUAUACGGCCUAGUUUGGAAAUACCCGCAACAAAAAGCCGUGGAGGCUUGUCCAUGACCAAAGACAAUCAAGAUGAUUUUGAUAGUAGAGAAUGCCUUAAAUUAAAUAAAACCUGGUCAGGUGUGUAAAUCCAUUUCCUCUCUUGGAGAUGAGUCCGAAGUGGAAUGUGGAAAGCUGCAAGGAUGGAGAUAGGUGACGGAAAACCAUGUUGGUGGUAAAGAAAGGAUCAUGCAUGUCUUCAUGGUGGAGAAGAACUUGUUUUAUUAGCGUUAACCAUCAUUUAUUUAAUCAUGUUUUUUGCUUCUCUUAAACAUCUAUAAAUGGACUCCGUGCACCUCGGUGCCUCAUUACACACCCGUAUCACAUAUUUGAUAGUCCUUGUGAACUUCGAGCUUUUACUUGACAAGAGGAUCCACUUCAUUAAUUUUAGUUAAAAAAGAUUCACAUUCCGAUACAUUGCAUGAUUUUUUUUUUAGAGGAGUCUUAUAAAAACCAUGUAUAAUUAUUCCAAAAUUGUUUUCUUUAAUUGUUUAGCACUUUGGAUUAAUUCACUUUCUAAAAUAUGUUGUCGUUAUAUGUGGAGCCAUCACAUAAGUGAGGCGAAACAAGUAGCCGAUGGACUGUUUAUGGUUGUGGUCAAAGAGGGACUCACUGGGUCACGGUGAAAGACUGAAGCGUCUUAAGGAUUCUGUAUAUUUUAGGUAAGCGGAAGCUGCAGACACGUUUCUCUAAAUGUAUUUUUCUCAUCAAAUUUCCCUGCAGUUUAUUUCUGUGUUUCAUGAGUUAUGAUAUUGCAUUGCUGACUUUUGGGUGUUAUUAAUGAAGCAAUGGAGAUAUCGUUACUGUUCAAGCUCAUUUGUCUCGUUGCAAACUAUUCAACUCCAAACAUUUCAGCGAUCAACUUUUUUUUUUUUUCCUGACCAAAUGAAGGGAAAAUCAACAAUCUUGUCGUUAAUGGCGUGCUUAUCCGUCAAAGAACAGAUAUGGGCGUAUAUCAGAUUCUCAGCUCACUCAUAUUGUUGACCUCCAAAUAAACAAUGUCAGAUGGACUUCAUUUCACUAUUUUGGAUGUUUAAUGGUUCAUGGUUCUUGUUGAGAAGCAUGCUGGCCUCUUGGUUGUUUAGUUUCUACAAUUUGAUUCCACACAUUCUGAUUCCGGUGAAUGAAUUUCUGCUUUGAAUACGUGUACAAUAUAUCUAGAGGUUUCUGUUACUUACCCAUGUUGUUAAGCAGUCUUGGUGGUUCAGCACAGACUUCCUGCAUAUCAAUCAACAUUUUGACCUGUUACACUAUCGUAUGUAUCUGAUGGAGACAAAAUGAAGUCUGGAGUCCAUCGGCAACUUGCACACAAGCGUUCACGAUUUAUUUAUUAAAUAGGUUUAAAAGUGUUUUUCUUUCCAUUGCUGCCCUUUGUCGAAUACAUGUGGCUUACUUUAUGCAUGUUUAAAGUUGUGUAUGCAAUGUAAGUGCAAUACCGUUACACACGUGAGAGCAAUGUUCAAAUGGAAGCUGGAUUUCUAGCUUAAACUACUUUGUCUGUACAAUUGAAAAAAGCCCUUCUGAAAUAUGACAUUGUGGAGAAUCUGACAUAUGUGUAGUUAUCUGAAAUCACGCUUUGAUAUAUAGCUAUAUGAUUUUGUUUUCAUUUAUUUCUCUCUUAUUUCCACCCAAAAAGUGAUGAGAGCAAUGCAAGCAUUAAUGUUUGAAUUACCUAAUUUAUUACCUUUUCUUUAUAACACUUCAUUUUGACCAGGUGCACAAAAUAAUAAAAAACACUUGUAGUUAA